AUGGUAACUGCUACAGAACAUCUUGCCAAAAACCCCAAGUAUAAAUCAGAUUUUUAUGUUAGUGGUAGAAAACUUUUUUGUAAAGUAUGUCAAGUUAUAGUAAACUAUGAAAAAAAGUCCACGAUUGAUAAUUAUCUAAAGUCGGAUAAGCAUACAUCUAACUCUAACAAACCUGUACAAUCAACCUUGCUCCAAGUUGGAAUUAAAUUUUUUAAACAAAGUGAUGAUAUUAAAGAAACAUUUAUCAAAGAUUUUCUUCAAAUAAUGGUUCAAGUUGAUAUAUCUAUUGAAAAGGCAGAUUAUUUUAAAUCAUUUUUAAUGAAAUAUUGCAAAAAUG